AUGGGCCAAUCGUCGCUGAAUGCACUCGACGGAGGACUUCUGACAGUAACAGCACAGGGAAAUAUCACUUCACCACCAAGCGGAAGUGAAGUGAUCAAGAGGGAUGCUGCAACUCCCUCACAAUCCACUACAUUGUUAUUACCAAAAACCGAGCAAUCUCAACCCCAAGCUCCACAUCCUACAGUGGUACUAUCAAAAUCGGAACAAAAAUCGCUCAGGAUGGGCCAAUCGUCGUUGAAUGCACUCGAUGGAGGACUUCUGACAGUAACAGCACAGGGAAAUAUCACUUCGCCACCAAGCGGAAGUGAAGUGAUCAAGAGGGAUGUUAGUGUUAGGACAAAUGAUGGCAGUACGGUAACAAUGAUUAUUGAUCCGACAACAUUUUAUCAGCAUGGAUCGCAAAAAAUGUAUCGUUUAGUGAAUGUAUCCGAGCUUAGUGCGGAUUCUGUUCCCGUAUCGUCGUCGAAUAAUUGUGUACAGUCAUCAGUUAAUACUGAAGACCUGAAAAUCCUAACUAUUUCACAACAGCAGCAACCGCAACAGCAACAACAACAGCUGCAGCUACAGCAGCAACGGCGAAAACGUGGUGCACCACUGAGUGCAGUCCAGGGAAUUCCAAACGGCCGUAAUGAGGAUGUUUUGGAUGAUGGACUUUCAGAAAAACGAGUUACGGUUGAGCAAGAAAUUAUGCCACGAAACGACAGGAUAGUUCUGGAGCAGCGUCCUGUUGUUGCAGUUGCA